UUAUAUAAUAUAGGUAUAUAGGUAUAUAUCGUAUAUUAUAACCCGACCCCACGCUUGCGGUAAACACAACAUAUUUACACACACACUCCACUACGCUGACAUUAUUCCGACAUUUUCACCGAUGUGUCGCGUACGUAUUAUAAUAUAUAAAAUAUAUAUAACGACGACGAUGAUGAUGACGAUAGUAAUAAUAAUAGCGUAUCUCUUAGCCGUCGCCGCAGUCUCUCUCGGCAGUAUAGUCGGGUAUCCGCAGUCGCGUCAGGCGCCCCUUACACGCGCGCGUAUACAUCACUUUUUCGUGUCACGACAAUAAUAUAAUGUUUUUUAACAUUAUAAUAAUACUCGCCGGGGCGGCAGUGCACACGUUUUCUGCGCGGACUCGAUACAUAUUUUACGUACGUCGCGCGUAGUUUUCCGUAGAAAUCAAAUCCGAACGGAUUGAUCGCCGUCGGUGUUCGUAUAUAUAAUACGGUUCGCCAUAUAUACCGUACAAUAUAAUAUUAUUGGGGUGGUCGGUCCGCGAGUGAAAAAUAAAACGUUUUUACCUUCCGACGUAAUAAUAACAAUGUAGAUAAUCGUAUAUAUACGUUUUAACUUAAUAGAAUAUUCGCGUGAUAAUAUACAGACGGUAGGUCGACGUUCUUCCGCGAUACCGCCGUCGUGCACACACGCUAUACGCCGAAAUCGUAAUAAUUAUUAUUCGCGACCGGACCGUGUAUAUGAUUUAUGGUACACGAUAAUAUCGCCAUUAUUAAAGUGUUUUUUGUCACGACCGUCGGUGAAAUACAUAAUAUAUAAUUUUCACAUAGCAUAUACAUAUAGUUACACGCGCGUUACAUUAUAAUAUAAACUCAUCCGGCCCAACGCUAUCGCGCCGAACAAGGUCGUUAUUAUUGAAGAUCAAGGUCCGCGACGUUAAAAUUGUAUUAUUUUAUAAUAUGUUUUAACUCUUUUAUUAUUUCUUUGUUUUUUUUUUCCUUCUGAUUCUCGUUAUUUAUUUUAUCCACUUGUCGCCAUAAAAUAUUCACAACCAAAGGGGUUGUCCGUGAACUUCACUAGUAUUUUGCAUUUCCCCGUUUGUUUUUUUUUUUUCUGUUUUAUUACAGCAAAAAAAUCCCGACGUGUUGUCCAGCCGCCGUUUGCCAUGACAUCGACGCUGUACAAUAAGAUUGGGCUUAUACCCAAACAAAAACCGAUUAGAGUAAUGAUAAUGGGACAGCCCGGCGUGGGGAAAACUGCGCUAUUAGUGAGGUUCGUGACGAAAAAAUUCAUCGGUGACUACGACCCCAAUCUAGAAAAAAUGUACACGUACCAAGUGUGCAUGGAAUCGGAAACGGUCAACUUUGAAAUAUUAGACACCGCUGGAUACGUACAAGACAAAUCGUGCAACUUGGAAAUGAACAUGCGUUGGGCCGACGUGUUCAUAUUGGUAUACUCCAUUACGGACAAAUGUUCGUUCGACGAUUGCAGUAGGCUCAAGUUUUUGAUUAACUACAACAAAAAGAAACGUCGCCUCUCCACUAAAGAUCAUCCAUUUGACGUGCCAGUGAUACUAGUCGGUAACAAAGUGGACCAACAGUAUGAUAGAAUGGUAACGUAUGCUGAAGGUCGGAAACGUUGCCAGGAACUUGGGUGCGUAGCUUUUCAUGAAAUUUCAGUGCGAGAAGAUGUCGAUCAGGCAUAUGCGGUAUUUAAAGAAGCGUUCACAUGCUGGAAAUCAAUGUCUAAAAAUCCAAAACUUAAACGUUCUUCUUCUGAUCACGGUGCAGAAGCACUCUUCAAUUCGGCUUCUAGAUUUAUAAGUUGGCCGCUAGUGUUCGGCGAUAGCGCGUGCAGUUCGUCAAAUCGGACAGAAGACACUCCGGAGUUCCGGGCCAGGGCUUCGACGGAGGGACACAUCCGGUCAAGCGCGACGGGUUACCGGUACCGGCCCACGCUGUCGGCAAGAGGAAGUAUUUGCUGCUACUUGAAGAAAUGAGAGUCAACGCCGUCGCGCGUAUAAACAACACGCACGUAAUACUACAACGUAUUUUAUAUUAAGCUAUAGGUAUUAUACAUAUAUAUAUAUAAUAUAUGUCGCGAAUUCGCGAGUGGCAUCGAUAAUAUUGCCCUGAUGUACAAUAAAAUAUAUAUGAUAUGACACCUGCAA